ACCCGGCGCAGGGCCGCCGCGGCGGCAGCAGCUCCCACGUGGCAAGUUCAGAUUGUGCAGCGCCUGGCCGGGGGCGGCGGGCGGGACCGCAGACCCCUCCCUCCGCUCUCCGGCCCUUCCCUCUGGCCGGCCCGGGCGCCCUCUUGGUCCUCCACCGCCAGGGGGCGGGCGCGGCUUCCCGGCGGCGGGGGCCCAUUGGUCGCGGCGGGGAAGCGUGGGAGGAGGCCCAGCGGCGAGCUGGCUUUCUCCUGCCACUUGCGGGGGUGAGGGGCAGCCGGAGGAGUCCGAGAGGAAGCGGAGGCGCGAGCUGGAGGCGGCGGCUCCCGUCGGCCUCCGGCAGGACUGAGCGCUGGGAGGCCGGAAGGCGGGCGCGCACGGCGGAGAGGCGGGCGGGAGGCCGGAGCAUAUUAAUGAAAAGUGCCAUAAACUGAAAAACCAAACAUGAGGGUAGCAGGUGCUGCAAAGUUGGUGGUAGCUGUGGCAGUGUUUUUACUGACAUUUUAUGUUAUUUCUCAAGUAUUUGAAAUAAAAAUGGAUGCAAGUUUAGGAAAUCUAUUUGCAAGAUCAGCAUUGGACACAGCUGCACGUUCUACAAAGCCUCCCAGAUAUAAGUGUGGGAUCUCAAAAGCUUGCCCUGAGAAGCAUUUUGCUUUUAAAAUGGCAAGUGGAGCAGCCAACGUGGUGGGACCCAAAAUCUGCCUGGAAGAUAAUGUUUUAAUGAGUGGUGUUAAGAAUAAUGUUGGAAGAGGGAUCAAUGUUGCCUUGGCAAAUGGAAAAACAGGAGAAGUAUUAGACACUAAAUAUUUUGACAUGUGGGGAGGAGAUGUGGCACCAUUUAUUGAGUUUCUGAAGGCCAUACAAGAUGGAACAAUAGUUUUAAUGGGAACAUAUGAUGAUGGAGCAACCAAACUCAAUGAUGAGGCACGGCGGCUCAUUGCUGAUUUGGGGAGCACAUCUAUUACUAAUCUUGGUUUUAGAGACAACUGGGUCUUCUGUGGUGGGAAGGGCAUUAAGACAAAAAGCCCUUUUGAACAGCACAUAAAGAACAAUAAGGAUACAAACAAAUAUGAAGGAUGGCCUGAAGUUGUAGAAAUGGAAGGAUGCAUCCCCCAGAAGCAAGACUAAUGGAAAUGUGGAGAGAAUUGAAGAAAGCGCACUUUCACUCUUAAUGGGAGAGCUAUAAAUGGCAGAACUAUGUGUAAAUAUUUUAAGAGCAUGCAGCCAUCUUGGUGUGUGCAUGAGUAUUGUCUCUUUUGAUAUCAGGAUUAUUUAUUGCUAACGUAAAUAGAUAGCAUUGUAAAUAAUCAUCACAAUGAUCAAAUCACUGAACCAUGUCUCCGCACAUUUCCCUAAAAGUACAAUGUUUAGACUGCUAUGGUAAUACAUAUUUUAAAUUCUAAAAGCAUACACAAUGUGUAACUGAAUGGUUUGUGAAAAAUAUAUUGAUAUAUAUACUAGUUGCUGUGAAAAUAUCAUGGAAUAAUAGGGAUUUUAGGGUGGAUACUUUAUUUUCUUUUAUAUUUCUAUAUGUUGCCUUGUGAUGACGUUAUCUUUUAAAUUAAAAAGAGAUUUGGCUAGUUGUGUGUGUAAUGUUACUUUACAGUCCGACUCUCCUGAUGUACCUCUUUUCAUGAUCUUUUUCUUUCCUUCCCAAGAAACUGAGGAAUGUUUAAUAUGAAAACAUACAUCGGAUAUGUGAAAAGCACAACAAAAUUCUUAAUGUACACAGUAAAAAAGUAAAUAUAUAAAUGUAGAUGGCAUUUAGGACCACAGCUUGCUGGAUUUGUGUUAGCUAUGGGAAUAACUUGAUUUUGUAUAAGCUAUUUAGAGUGAGGCUGGAGGUGGCAGCUUCACAGAACUGGAGAACCAGGCCAAGUCCCCUCCCCAACCUAAUUAGGUCAUUCAGGACAGCUAAGUCAGUGUAUUUAGAGCAAUACUAGCAUACGUUUUUCUUAAUUGUUAUCAGCAUUGACCAAGUGGUUUGGAAGGAGGCAUGCUUUAAUAUCACAAUAAUUUUGAUUUGUAAACCAAGAAAUUAAUCCUGUGUUUAUCUAACUUCAUAAUAGCAAUUAUUGCCCGAAGCUAUAGUGGCAUAUUUACAAAAGUUCUUAUUACUGGGUGGACUGAUAACAUUUAAAAAAUAAUUGUGUUUGACCCCAAAUGACUUUAUACCCAAUUCUACAUAAAAAUAUAGAAGAUCUAUCUUUUUUUGUUGCCUUCAGAUGUUCACUAAAUAACUCAGUUUUUAAACAGAAGUUUUCAGGGCAUUAAAUAUAUGUUGUGUAUGAAGUAUCUCAAACUGGAACAUAAAUUUAGUGAUCAAACUGCCAUUCACAGUGUAAGGCAGCACUUAAAUUUCGAACCUAAAGUUUAGAUGCAUUGUAUAAAAAAACCUAAAAGCAGUAUCUGUUAUUUAGCUGUAAACCAAGUUGGAAGCUAUUCGGAUAAUUUCUUAAAUAUUGAUGAACUUUGGAGUACUGUUUCUUCCUUCAAACUGAAAGUAAUUAAUUCAUGAAUAAAUGCACCUUAUAUGUUUAAACAAUCUUUGUAUACUUUUGGGAUUUUUGGUGCUUAUAUGCUAAAUCACAUUCAGCAUGUGUAUUUUGACAUUUAAAAUACUUCCCUCAAUUCUGUAAAUUAAAAGAAUAGUUAUUUUACAGUUCCAGGGAUUGUGAAAUAAAUGUUGCAGUUUUUUAAAAUAAUGAAAAUAAA